CCACCGCUCAUUUGGACACUAGAAGAUAUAUGGCAAGAGCCCAAGCGCUGGAAGAUAGAAGCAGUCGCUUUGAGAUGGCAAAGAAAAAUUGUUUGGAACCUUUUGUAGAAAAUCUCAAGCCUGUAUACAAAAUUGGAUUUUAUCGCAAGUUUGAGGUAGACGAGCUCUGUGAGGUGUUUCUGUCUCCGUCGAUUGCUGUUGUGUUCGGUUGGUCUGUCGUGCUCUGGUGUCUGCUUUCUAUGUGGUACUACGUAACACUAGCUGCCAGUUCUUGGGCUGCUCACAUUUCCUUCGAUUUCGAACGGUUUCAACAGUGUUCCGACGACGACUUCAGAAUGAUGAUGCAUCCAACUGGUUCAUGUUGGAACACAUACGCCUUGUGUGUGGUAAUAUUCGGAUUGCUUGUGGUUCCUAUUUCUUUAAUGGAACUAACUCAACAGAAAUUUGUGCAAGUUUCCCUGGGGACUAUCCGGUUUGUUGGAGUGUUGCUCAUGUUUGGUUACUGUCUGAUAGCCUUAGUAUCAGACGACUUUCUACCAGAAAACGAGGAAAAAUCAGAUUUGCAAAGUAUGUGGCAGAAAUUUGAUGUAAUCGGUGGCCUGGCCAUUAUUCCUGUUGUAUCUCACACGUUAUCUUGUCAGCCACUAAUCCCGUCGUUUGUACAGCCGGUUCCAGACAAAGAGAAGCUUCACUUCCUACUAGCGGCUAGCGUCUUCACCUGUUUUGUGGUCUAUGCAGUCGUGGGAGUUACUGUCGCACUUCACUUCCAAUCUCAGUUGGUGGAAACCAGCAGUCUCUCUUGGGUUCCUCUAACUACACCCGGAAACAGCUUGUCAGUACGCAUCGUAUCUUCCUUUAUUGUUCUUCAUUCGUCGGUUGUAAUGCUGUCUUCUACGCCUCUGUCUGCCGUCGCCUGCGCCAACUAUAUUAUGAGUUUGAGUAAGCAUUAUGUCGGGGCCCAGCCCAGCAAUUUCACCAAGCUCACGAUCAGAUUCUUUACGGCUACUCUGCCUCUAAUCGCCGCCGUCGCUGUGAGCAACAUUGUUGACGUACUGGAAUAUGGAGGCUUGGUUGGAUACUGCAGUACGUUUAUUGUGCCGGCACUCUUGGUGGUAAAAUCUCGACGUCUCUGCUCCAAAGUAUCUGCUCCUAAUAGGCCGCUUAGCAUAGUGGGAACCUAUAAUUGCCAAUCGACUGACGUAUACAGAAAAAGUGAAGAUUUGUAUGUGUCCUGGAAUUAUGUCGACAAGAGAUGGAUCCAGCAUGACUACACGGCCACUCCGUAUACAGGAGUAUUGAGCAGCUCGGUAGCAGUGUAGACGGUUGUUGUUCUUUCUUGCGUAGUAACGGUGGCAACAAUUAUUAGCAUUGCUUACAGUUAUUAACUAGACAAGUAUAGACUAUGACAUUUGUCUUCUAUCUUAUAUUAGAUUUAAAUUUAGAAAAUAUAGGAAAUAAAAUUUAAAACAAAUUUUUUGA